GCGCUGCACGACGGGGAGGCCCGCGCCCUGGCUUGCGCGCGGAUGCUGCUGCAGGUGACGGGAGGGGGGGGGGGGGCUGUGUCCUGCGGGCCCCGGUGCAGUUGCGACCGUCUGCGCGAUCGAUGGUCACGUCGCCGUCAGUGCCCACCACACCGCCGCCCUCCUCGUUGACCUCCGCGUUGACCCCCGUGUCCACCACGCUGCCGCCCUCGUUGACCCCCGCAUUGACCUCUGCGCCCACCACGCCGCCCCCCUCCCCGUGCCCACCCGUGAACCGUGUGCUGCCCCUGCUCCCCCCUCCGCCCCCCCCCAGGCGGGCGCGCGAGUGGGAGACAGGGAGCCGGCGGGCGGCUGGGACGCCAUCAUGUUGGCGGCGACGCUGGGCCGCGGGCGGCUGCUGCAGCUGCUGCUGGCGGCGGGCGAGGGGGGCGAGGUGGCGCAGCGCGAGCGCUCGGCGCGCAUGACGGCGCUGCACCUCGCCGUGUGGGCCGACCGGCCCCGCGAGGCAGCCGCCCUCGCCGCGGCCAUGCGGCGCCAGCGCCUGGAGCCCGGGGAGGCGCGGGAUGCCCGCGGGAGGAGCGCAGCGGCCCUCGCCAGGGAGCUGGGCCGGGGAGCAUGCGAGAGCGCUAUCGGGCGGCCGGGGGAAGGGGUGGCGACGACGCGGGGAGACCCGGGAGGUGCGGAGGAGCGCGGGGAUCGGAUGAAAGGUCGGGACAACGGGGAGACGCCAGGAGACCUGAGGGGAGACCGGGACGAUUUUACGGCAGGGCCCGGUGGUCGGGAAGAGGGUGUCCGCCGAAAGACACUCGGGGACGAUGAGAUCGGUUUGGAGACUCGAUACGACACAAAAGUCGAGUUGGGUAAGUCAACCGGCCAACCGCGGCAGCUAGAGGCGAUUGACUCGGAGGCACGUCUGGGAGGCAGCGUUGAGUCGGAGGCGCUCGCGAGGCCGACGGAGACGCCCGCCGAGCCGUGCGGAGUCGCGACCGGCUCCCAGCGAUCUGCGCGCUUGCUGAGCGGAAGGUGGACGAUCCCGCGAGCGGAAGGGCGGAGCCAAGGACCCGCAGAGCCGGCCUGGAGGUCGCUGGGUCAGCAGUUGGGUGUCGUCCUCGUGGAGGAGAUGGCGCUGGGUGCGAGGAGAUGCGGGGCGACCGGGCCGGCGUGUCCGCAGAGUUUCCCGACGUUCGCUACGCGACGCGUCCCAGAGGCGGCGACGCUCACGCCGGGCCUCCCGGCGUCUCUGCGGCCGCUCUCGGCCCACGUGUGGGAGAGGUCGGAGCGCAGGCGCGCGGCCCACGCGCGCACUUGCGCCUUCGCCCAGAGGAUGCGCUCGCUCCGCUCGGGGCCUCGCGACCGCCGGGUAGCGGGGACGGCGACCGACACGGGGACCGCCGCCGUGACCACGGCAGGCGGCGCGAGGCCAACGACGGCGGCGGCGGGGGGGGAGGAGGGAUGGAGCGCCGGCACACGGAGGAGGGGAGCAGCGCCGGUGACGACCUCCUCCUCGUCGUACCCCACGUCCAGCGCGGGAGACUCGGCGGAGCCGCGUCCGUCGGGACCGAGGGGGUCGGGCCCGCGCGGCGCUCGGCCGCACACGGCGCCGGCGCUGAAUGCGACGGCGUUCGGAGCGAGGGCACGGCCUUGCUCCUGGAGGGACAGCCUGGCUGACCUCUCCGUCUUCUGGGAGCUACAGUACUCGCCCUCGUACCGCAACGCGGCUGCGGGGCCUGCGCCGCCGCCGCAGCUGCCACCGGCGCUCCCGACGAGGGCCGCCUCAGACGUCUCCGAUGCCGCGGGCAGCAGCGGAGGCGAGGGCAAAGGUCGCCUGAAGGGGGCGGCGGCGAGGAACAGGGGGCGGCCGCAGAGGGCGGUUUCGCGAGCUCAGUCCCGCGCGACGAUGCCGAGGAAAGAGCAGUGAGUGCCGUGCCGCUCGUGCUGUGGGGUUUGAAACUUCGAACGGAGAUGCAAUGAAAAAAUACCGCUGGGUGCCGUUCUGCAUAUGUGAUGAAUAUGAAUGCACAUACGCGAUAUGGACACACGGCCUCAACGCUGACCCACAGCCUCGAUGCUGACCUACAGCCUCAACACCGCACGCAGGGACGUGAGAACCCGUGAGGGCAGCGACCUUCGCUCAGGCAGGAGGAGCCUAGAUGCAUCGAGUUUACAUCUUAAAAAAAAAGUCAGAAAUCCGCCGCGCGACCACGUCGCUGUGGAUCGGUAGCACCACGCCACAAACGUGAACACAGAGAUAGCUCGGUAGAGCCAGAAGUCGAGAAAUAAGUCUUACACAGGACACCCUGCAGUCAUAGAUUGGCAUGUCUUUAAUUGCAAUGUAAAGCAGCCUUAAUCGAAAGGAUGGUUGGAGUGAUAUAUUAAACUGCGUCUGUUAAAGCAUUCAAUUUAAUAUAAAGACAUCGUCAAGACCAUUUAUGCAUAGUCAGUUGUGUACGAGUAGUUUUGAAAUAAAAUUUUCGCGAAACCCGAUAGAACAAUUAUUACAUCCCAAUUGCAUCAUCAUUGGUGUCGUAUCACGAGAUGAAACAUUGCGCCCCGUUUGAAGAAAAUGCCAUCGCGUCGGAGAACGGCGGCCUAGCAGAUGGCACCGCACAACUCCACCUGGGCUCAUUUCAUCCAGACUCUGCUCCUUUAUGCCAUCAUCAUCAUCGUUCCACUGCUGGAUGAAGGCCUGCCUAAACCGCCACCACCGCCUCUCACGAUCCCACGAUGCAACGAUCCCAUGGCACAUGAACAGAUUUCGUCGCUCUAUCUCCCCGGUGGACGUACUCCUGGACACAUUCCAUUGCUCGGCUGCUGCUCCGUUAUUAUUCCUGACCGUUGUCGGUCCUCCCUCCUCGCCGCGACGUGUCCUGUCCAAGAGAGGCUUACAUUUCUCAAUGAUGCUUCAGACGUAAUUGUUUUAAAAAUAAUAAUUAUCAGAAACGCAACACUAGCACAAUUCUCUGAAGACGCAGUGGUCUUUAGCAUAGCCUUCCGGACCGGACACAAUUGUGCCAGUCUAUUACUCAAAUUGUGAUAUGAUUGAUGUUCUAAAUAAACGUCGAAGGUGUAUGUUAGAGUUAUGCAUGACAAAGAAAUGUCGUUGUGAGUGAACGCACACGUGGAUGAGCUCGCUUGGCUUUCUGCUGUAUCCAUAGAAGCGCACAGGUAUCCCUCGAUUUAUGAACGUUCGGUUUACCAAAUUUCGCGUGAAUGCAAUUGACAAAUUAUAGACACUUUUGGAUGAUCGAAAUUGAAUUUCCGCGUUAAUGAAAUUUCACUUCGGCACGCACCGCGAGAUUAUUGAGCAAGAAGCACGGGGGAGGCUGUCAUCCGUCCGCGACAGCGUCACGGUGUCCCUGCAGUGCAGCACCAAUGCCUCCACAUCACCGUUACAGUCAUGCCAACAUGCAGCAGACCUUUUGGUGAGUUCCCUCAAAAGGUUCAUUAUUUUUAUUAAAAUUAUUCAAUCGUUUAAUAAUUUAUGUUCUUUAUCAUUAUUUUUGUCUUGUGAAAAAUGUUAUAGGUGUAUAUUUUUAGGUGAGGAGUAGAGUUGGAAUAAACGAAAUUUAGUUUUCCGCUUGUUUUUU